GUAUGCGUUUACGGCAGGGGCGUGGCUUGGCCGGGGUUUAGCCAGACCGCGAGGCCGGACGCCGGCGCCAUGGAGGAGUACGCUCGGGAGCCUUGCCCAUGGCGAAUUGUGGAUGAUUGCGGUGGAGCCUUCACUAUGGGUGUUAUCGGCGGUGGAGUCUUCCAGGCCAUUAAGGGCUUCCGCAAUGCCCCUGUCGGAAUUCGGCACCGACUGAGAGGUAGUGUCAAUGCUGUGAGGAUCCGAGCCCCUCAAAUUGGAGGUAGCUUCGCAGUGUGGGGGGGCCUGUUCUCCACCAUCGACUGUGGUCUGGUGCGACUGCGGGGCAAGGAAGAUCCUUGGAACUCCAUCACCAGUGGAGCGUUGACCGGAGCUGUGCUGGCUGCCCGCAGUGGCCCACUGGCCAUGGUGGGCUCGGCCAUGAUGGGGGGCAUCCUGUUGGCCCUCAUCGAGGGUGUCGGCAUCCUCCUCACUCGCUACACCGCCCAGCAGUUCCGCAAUGCACCCCCAUUCCUGGAGGACCCCAGCCAGCUGCCCCCUAAGGAGGGUACCCCGGCCCCAGGCUACCCCAGCUAUCAGCAGUACCACUGAGGAAGUGACCGCCUAUCACCGCCACCGUGGGAGCUCCUCCUCGGUUCCCUCCCCGAUGAUCUACCUCGAUGGGGGGGCUGGCUCCUGGUUGGCCCUGGGACCCUCCAGAGAGGGCCUCUACUCUGUUCCCUUAUCCCAGUUUGGAGGUGAGGCACCCCAACUGCCCUGAUGGAUGGGUCUCUCCUCUCUCAGGGCACCCCAGCCCCCAGUCACAUGUAACAAGCUCUCACCCUAGUCCCUUUGGCACCCUGAUGAGUAUUUAAAGCCAGUUUUGAAAUGCC